UCAGAAAGCUCAUGAUGACUGCUGCCCCACUCCAAGGAAAGGAAAGAGACCCCCCCUCUCCUAGCCAAGAUAAAGGAAACAUGAGGUGUUCAAGGACGCUUUGAAGGUUCUGACGAGUGACAUCAACAUCAAGCAAGAGAAGAAAACUCAGAAGGAUGAGCUCUUUUGCAUGUAGAAGAGAAGACAAAUCUGGUGUUCUAAGCCCAACAAAAAAGCCAUCUUCGGUCCAUUUUCUCCCCAAGAGGACAGAUUCAGAUACCACAUCGAUAGAGAUGUCACAGUCAUUUUACCAAGAAAUGCCUCUCAGCUUCUGCCACAUCACCAGCACUCAGAACAGUGGGAUAACCUUAUCAUCCAUGGGACCACUGACUUCUAAAUCUACCUUAAUGAGCCACUCCCGAGCAGACACCAGCGCAGGAAAGCAAAGCCCAAGCUUCUUGCUUCCAAAGAAACAGCAGCUACUGGGUCUAGACUCAGAGACAUUAAUUUUGGGGGACGGAGAAGAUUAUUUCCUUUCUUUGUUUGGAGCUUCGAACAAACUUCCUGUGCAUUCAUCCCACAUGGAGGAAGAUGAAAGCAGACACCUCUCUGUGAUACUCGAAGAAGUUGGCCAGUUUACAUCCAGUUCUCUUGGAGAUAUUAAAAUAGCUGAGGUGAAUAUCAAGGGAUUAUUUGUGAGACUUGUUAACUCGUCCACUGACAAAGAAAUGGAGAUUGGAGAUCACAUUCUCCUGCAGAAUGUGGGUGGACAUCCAGUUUCCUCAUACCGUUUCCUCCCCAACAUCACAAUGCAGGCCAAUUCCAUGGUGACGGUGUGGGCUACAGCCUCAGAUGUGAAGCCACAGCCACCAACAGUUUGGGAAGAGCAGAGCAGAUUCCGGUGGAGUCCAGACUGCACAACCAUCCUAUGCAAACCCAACGGUGAGGCUAUCGCCUGGUAUACUCCGAUUCACUGGAAGCAAGCUUGGGAGAAGUUAGAGACUGACACUGAAUUCGAGAGAUGUUCAGUCACCACCCCAUUACUGCGAAGCCAUAUGUUUUGGUGGAUGACAUCUGUGACUUCCAUAAGUAAAGAAGGACAAGGUCUGCUGAAGAAAGAGUCCCCUAAGUGUCAGCUAGAAGAUUCAAGUUGGCCUUUUUCUUGUUACAGGGACAUGGAAAUCCCACCAACCAUUUUCUCCAACUCCAGCCCUUGGUGUCGUAGUCCCUACACCCCUCCACAUCCUUACUGUUCUCUAAUUGAACCGUACUACUCAGAUGUUUCCGAGAGCAACUUGAGGCCACAGCUCAAGUCUCAACCAACCAAUUGUGACCCAGCCACAGAGACCAAGAAAAAGAAAAAGUCAAGAGAAGAGGAGGAGGAUGUCAACCCAGCCUGUGGACCCCCAAAGUGACCUGUCGGCUUCCAGAGUUCUUCAGUCAUUUGCAAUUUCACCAGUAUCUUUUCCACAACCAUCGAAGUUGAUUAACUCUGCUGCCCAGUUUGUCCCUUGCUGUGUCAUAGCCGUCUGGGAAGAGUGAAUAGGUUUGCAGGAUGGACUUGUCAUGCUGGUGAAACACAUUACAUGGUCUAAAGAAAACGAAACACCGGGGCAAACGUCUGCAGCCACUCAGCUACGGAGGAGGCUUGGAGCACAGGCUUGCUGGCUGAGCCGUCCUCCCGAGACACACGGAGGCAUUAGGACUGCCCCACAUAAGCAAACAAAGCUGUCUUCUGUUUCACUUUAAGUGUGCUGCCUGGUUCCUUUAAGUCCGGGAUAUAUCAGGGGAAAGCUGAUUAGGGGCCAGCAAGGGGAAUGAAAGAGCAUUUAGAAGUGCUUUUGGUAAACUGGCGACAUCAGACCCAUUUGGACCUUCGUGUUCAAAAACCAUGUUAGCACGUUCGUGGAGUAGCUGAGCUGCUUAGGAGUCUAGAACUCUGCAGAUCGUUAAGUCACCAUUGAAGCUGAAACCCAAACGUGCACAUGUUACAGAGUUGAAUUAAUGGAGACACAAUGAAUCAUCCCUUCACCUUGGCAACAGCUGAGAUAGCGUGCAAUGCCGUGACUGUACAAGUGUAUUCUAUCUCACUGCACAAAAUACCUGCAUAGAAACAACUUAAGGGAAGAAUAAUGUGGCUCAGUCCAUGGUGGAGCAGAAUAUCAUGGGCAUGUGAUGGAGAAGCCUCUUUACUUCUUAGAAAACAGGAAACAGAGAGAAGGGGUAAAUAGGAAGAGCCAGGGUGAGACAAACCGAUGAGCACAGACCCAGCCACUACUUUCUCCAACAAGCCCCACCUCCCACAUUUCACCACCCCAAUAAUGCCAUCUGAUCAUGAACCCAUCACGGAACAACCCAUCUGUUAGGUCAAAGCCAUCCCGAUUUAACCAUGUCUGGAAACAUCAUCACAGAUAUACCCAGAGAUGUGCUCCACUA